GGACCCACGCGGCGCCGCAGCCCACCUGGCCUGCAGCAAUCCCACCCCCGGCGGCGGCGGCACGAUGCCCUUUGACUUCAGGAGGUUUGACAUCUACAGGAAGGUGCCCAAGGACCUCACGCAGCCAACAUACACCGGGGCCAUUAUCUCCGUCUGCUGCUGCCUCUUCAUCCUCUUCCUGUUCCUCUCGGAGCUCACCGGCUUCGUCACGACGGAAGUCGUGAAUGAGCUCUACGUUGAUGACCCGGACAAGGACAGUGGGGGCAAAAUUGACGUCAGCCUGAACAUCAGUUUACCCAAUUUGCACUGCGAAUUGGUCGGGCUUGACAUACAGGAUGAGAUGGGCAGGCAUGAGGUGGGGCACAUCGACAACUCGAUGAAGAUCCCACUGAACAACGGGGCCGGCUGCCGCUUUGAGGGGCAGUUCAGCAUCAACAAGGUCCCGGGCAACUUCCACGUGUCUACACACAGUGCCACGGCCCAGCCACAGAACCCGGACAUGACCCAUGUCAUCCACAAGCUCUCCUUUGGGGACACACUACAGGUACAGAACGUCCACGGAGCUUUCAACGCUCUCGGGGGAGCAGACAGACUCACCUCCAACCCUCUCGCCUCCCACGACUACAUCUUGAAGAUCGUGCCCACGGUUUAUGAGGACAAGAGCGGCAAGCAGCGGUACUCGUACCAGUACACGGUGGCUAACAAGGAGUAUGUCGCCUACAGCCACACAGGCCGCAUCAUCCCCGCCAUCUGGUUCCGCUAUGACCUUAGCCCCAUCACGGUCAAGUACACAGAGAGACGACAACCUCUGUACCGAUUCAUCACCACGAUCUGUGCCAUCAUCGGUGGGACCUUCACUGUGGCCGGCAUUCUGGACUCCUGUAUCUUCACAGCCUCGGAGGCCUGGAAGAAGAUCCAGCUGGGCAAGAUGCAUUGACAGCCCACCCGGCCCAGUGGCCGAGGACCCAGGGAGACCGCCAGCCCCUGCUUCCAGCACCCUGUCUCCUCCUGCCCUCUUAUCUGGCCCAGGAUCUGGCUGCGUCCCAAAGUGGGGGUUGGGGGUGGUAGGGGGUGGCUCACGGUUUUGCAGCUACCUCUUUUCCCCAUCUUUAAUUUUAGGUGAAUUACACUGCCUGAAGUUGUGGUGCCCCUUUUCCUGGGGAGCCCCAAGACCAGAGUUAGGCAGGGUGGGUUCGGGGAUAUCAGGGACCACUCCCGGGAGGGCCGCAGUCCCUUCCUUCUUAGGGGAACAGCCCAGGAUCCACGUUGACCAGCUCUCAGCCAGGCUUUGACAAUCUUGAAGCUCCCACCAUUUAGAGGCACCGAUCAUUUGGUUUCUCCCCUGGGCAACCAGCCCACAGACCAGGGCUCUCCGCUGUGGGUCACACUGCCCAAAGGUGCCUCCACUCGGCGCCUUCGACAAAGGAUGGUACUUCCCAGGCGAGCCCCUGAGAUGUGGCGCCGUAGAUGGAACCCUCGCUUUUGCUCUAUCCCUCCUCGCCCAUCCCAGAGACCGCGCUCAAGUCCCUCACCCCCACCCAUUUCUUUUUCUCCCGAGAAGCAGAUGCCCGGUUGUUGGGUAGCAGCGGUGGACUCAGGUCUGCCCAUUGGAAACUGGGCGGGUGGCGAGUUCCCCUUCCUCUCUUCCCCCUUGUUUCUCUGAACCUCCCACCAACGUGCCUCAGCCCCUGUGCUGUGUGGCAACAGCAUCUCUUGGUGGAGGGGCUGGUUUUAACUGGGGAGUCAUCCUUUGAACACCAGACGUGGUUUGUGCACUUAGGUCCAGACAGAGAGCAUCCUUCUCCGCAGCCCU